UGUUGUGUAAAUAUAAAUGUGUUAAUAUAAUGUGAGGUGACCUUGCUUAAUAUCUGGCCACUGAUCAGACUAUGGUUUACUGUUUAUGAGAAAAUUAAAUUUGGUUUGUAAAUAGGCUAGUCAUUUAUAUAAGUUAUAUUUGUUAACUAAGUCUGGCUGAAAGUGAUACCGAAGCAGUCAUGCAACUGGGAGAGAGGGGGAGCUGAUGAGGCAUGUGCCCCGAGCACCACAUUUGGGGAAGGGGGUUAGGGCGCUUAACUGGCAGAGUAAUUUUUCUAUAGAUAUUACCUUGAAUAUUGUAGUGGUAGAACAUAUUAAAUGUUGGCAGGCAGAUGAACUGAAUUGUUUGUAUUAAAAAAUAUAUAAAUGUGUAUUGUCAAAUAUUUAAUAGAAGAUGGUAUUUUUUGCUUACCACCCAACUUGCGAUGGUAUGAUGGUGGGUACCACUGAGUUAUUGUACAAAUAGGUACCAUCCAGAUUGUACGUCUGGCAACACUGCCGUGGGAACCAUGGAGGGAACACCCCACCCGACCUUGGAAAGUUGCGAAAGUUCUCAUCCCUGCUCUGCCCUGGCCCAACUGGGCACCAAGUGUCUGAACUAUCUUCAGCUGAUCACAACCACAACUCAGUAGGGUCAUUUGCCCGGGAAUAUCUUUUCAAGUUUGUAGCCCUUCUGUUUUGUCAGUUAAGUUAGUUUUGCUGUUUGUGAUUAUACAAUCUCGCUAACUGUUUAAAUUAUUUUGAUAUUUGUUUUUAAUCAUAAAUAUGUAAUAAAAUACCAUCUGGUGUAGAAUAAAAUAUAUAAGAUUAAAAGAAAAGAGCUAAAGAGUGGGAAAAAGAAACUCAUCAAUAUUUAUUCUUAUCAUAUUUGUAUUUUGAAUUAGAAUCAGAAAGGUCAAACAGUUCUGCUAAUGCAAUCGGAGAAGUGAAAGAAUUAGCAGAAAAGCUUAACCUAGAUCCUCUUGAAAGAAGUAUGGGGGAGGAAGAAGAAGUGAAUGUUUGAUGAAAAGGGUGAAGAUAAAAGUUAUGAAUUCUCAGAAGAAAAAGUUCAAAGUUUUGAUUAUACAAAUGAUAAAAUUUGAUUCUGAAUGAACUGAGGCAAAAGUUUCAAGCCAUUCAAAACAUUUGGCUACCUCAAUGGAGCUCAUUUUGAAACAAUGAAUGUAGAAGAAUUGAAAAACCAGGCACUUGAUUUAGCUAUCAUAUAUAGAGAAGACUUAGACAGGAACAAGCUGGCAAUAAAAGUGGAAAGUUUUAAGUCUUAUUCCUUGGAUUUAGGCCCUAAUAUGAAAACAGCUACUACACCUGCAGAUCUUCUGCCAUUAACAUAUAAGAACGGACUUAAAGCCUGAAAUGAAAUGAAAGGCAUUCUAACAAACUAGAUACCUAUAGUAAAAUAUUACCUAUGAAACUUAACAGGACAACUACUACUUAACAACCUGAGCAUUAUAUCAAUAGAGCACAAGAUAAUUUCAAAGCUGUUUUUUGAAGACAUUCUAAAACGUUUGCAGCCAAAAAGGCCAGUAAAGUUAAGUGUUAGUUCAAAUUUUGUGUUCGAAAAAAUUUUUCUCCCACUUUUUCACUAUAUUAAGAGAUUUUGUAAAAUGUCUAAGUAUAAUACUGAAGACAACAACUUGAGUUAACUCUGUUAUUUGUAAUUUUAGCCCUAUUUAUCAUAAUUGAAUCGGGAAUUUGAGAAACAACAUAAGUCCACAUUUUGGCGAAAAUGAGUUAUCAACAAUAACAGUUUGUUGGAGGGUAGUUGUACAUGCUGGCAAAUGACCACGUAGGUCCACACAAUCAUUGCAUAGAUAUAGCCUUCUCUAAUUGCUAUGUAUUUGAGAAACAACACAAGUCCAGGACUUAUGUUGUUUCUCAAAUACCCCGCUCAAACACCACAAAGCACCCAUUUGCUUGAUUCCUGUAUAGCCAUAGAUUUUAUUGUGUUAAGGCCGGACAUGCCUCGCCAUAUUCAAUUGUUACAUUUAUCACUAUAACCAGCAAUUAAUGUGUAUUUUGUAACUCGAUUUAUAACGAUAAGCCAUAGGAUAUAACUUUACUAUGAAAGAAAUGUGCAUUUUGUAACUUCAUUUUUGGAACUACAAGUCAUAACAUUGUGCAUUUUAUAAAUCCAGUGUUGAUCUGCUGCUGCUGCUGUUAUUAUUAUUUCAGGAACAGUCCCCAUUAAAUAUUGCAUUUUUAUAUAUUUUAGAACAGAGCUGCCACAUUAAAAAUAAUAAAUAUAUAAAAACUAUAAUCAUCUUAUGAAAUUUGGUAAACUCUAAUUUAUGUUAUGUCGUAACGAAACAUUCUAUACACAGAACAGAAGCUGUGAUGAAAAAUUAUAAAAUCCAAUAUGGCAGUUCUUGGCUGGCCUCAAAGCUAUUCUCACCAGAUAGCACUGAUGCAUGGUGAAAUAUUAUUUGUCUAUGGUACUGUAGUAAUGUAGUUUCAACACCAUAGACAAAGAAACAGUUUGAUGUGUUUGUUGUUGUGCUUAAGAUAUGGAACCUUCCAGUGACAAUGAAUGUGUGACUGACAGUAAAAAGCGCAAGAAAGGGUGUCGAAAUACAUUUAGAUAUAAGUCUGAACAGAUAAAAAGAGCACGUGUAAAGUGUGAAGCAUAUUGUCGCGGGUUGAAAUUUUGCAGGGUUGUUGAAAUCAAAUUUAGGGACUUUACUGACGGGACUCUGGGCUGGCUGCUCUGUUCACUCGUCAGCGCAAGUGGCGUGACCAUGUAAUUGGGGCACGGGGCCGGCGCGGCGCGCUGCGGGCUUGCAGAAUUUUGUUUGUUCGUUUGGCCGCGCGCUGGCGCAGCCACGGGCCGCAGUUACUGGGGCGCGCUGUCGUAACAAGCCGCGCGGUGUGGCCUGCACAUUGGGGUAGAGGGGGGGUAGUCUUCCCAGAUGUUCUAGUUAGUUGUUUAGUAAAUUUGACUUCAAUAACGAGCUUUUGUUAUGGUAGGCGCGGCAGGGCGCGCGAAUUUAAGCGCAAGUGAUUGGUGACUCGGGGCUCACUCAGGCGGAGGCUAUGCGUCUCACCUGUGGUCACGAGUUGUUAGUUCGUUCGUGAUGUAGGAAUUCAGGCUCACUCAGGCGGAGGCUAUGCGUCUCACCUGUGGUCACGAGUUGUUAGUUCGUUCGUGAUGUAGGAAUUCAAGCUUUCGGGCGGAAGCUAUGGCCGACGCCAGAGGCCACGAGUCGUUUAAUUUAAGUUAGGUCAUAAUGUAGUCGUCAAGCUUUCGGGCGGAGGCUAUGGCCCUCGUCAGGGGUCACGCGUCAUAGUUUUUAAAAUGUAAUGUUCGUUCGGGAUUUCAAGGGCAGGAGAGGCCCCUACGUUAUUUUUUUAAAGUAAUCGAUCAAGAAAGGCUUUUCGGAAAAUGUGAGUAUGGACUUAUCUUUGUUUUAAUUUUAAGUAUUAAUUAUGAUUUGAGGUAUUCGGAAGGACUAGGGAAGUGUUUAGUGAAGUUCUCUCAUUCUCUCUCUUGUAAGGUCGUUCAAUCGUUAAGGAAGUAAAGAGAUUAUUGUUUUAAAUUGUAAUCCCGCUAUUUAAAUGUUCUUUAAAAUGAUGUUGAGUAUUUGACUUUAAGAAUAAAAUAAUUUUAAUUAAGUAUUAUGUUAUUUUGCAAAAUCUCCUUAGUUCAGCUCUCACCAGACAUCCUGUACGGGAUGACGAACCUAUGAUCCUAGGUACAGUAAAGUAUUUUAUGAAGUUAAGACUAGUUGAUGCCAAGCGAGUUGUUUCUAUGUAAAGAGCUACGAUUCUCUCCCCCCUCUGAAGGUGCACGUGACAGAAAUGGCGGUGGCACCGGCUAGGUGCACGUGACAGAAAUGGUGGAGGCGCCGGGUAGGUUCUAUUUUUGGAGAGAGAGAGAGGUAGAUUUUUAUGUUUAUUAUUAAGUUAGUUUCAGCUUCUGAUAGCAGGUUAUUAAGAGUUUACUUGAGGAGAGGAUUACGGAAUUUAAUCUAAGUGGAGGAAGUCUUUGAGAUUUUUUUUUGACGUAACAGAUGUUUAUUUGAGGAUACUUGUAAGGAUAAAGUUUAUAGUGAUAAGUUGUUUUAAGUCGUUGAAUUUAUUGUAGAUUUAUAUCGGGGAUUAUUACGUGAGGAGAAUACGUUAUAAGUUAAAUGCUUAUUAGAGAUAAUGCAAGUGGUUUAAUUUAAUUGAAGUUCAUUUUAAGAUUGUAGGUUAAGAGAAUUAUAAUUUAAAAUAAAGUUUUUUGUCGUAAAUAGGAAUUAUUUUCAAGAGAAGUUUGUUUUGUUUUCGUGCGCGUAGGAGACGAGACGUACGAAUUAAAUCAGUCGAGGGAAGGAUAAACGUUAGAAAGGAAUUAAAGAGAAAACGAGAGUUUAUGUAAAAGAGAGUUAUAGAAUUUAUAGUGAUGUUUUGUUUUAAUUAGAAAAAUGUUGAGAGUUGUUUCAGAACGACACGUCAGUGGACGUGGCAGAGUGAACACGUGACGGGGAGGUGCUGAGACCUAGCGGAGAACGGAGGAACCGCAAGCGAGGGUUGGCGCACCUGAUGGAAUUCGGUGACGUCACGGGCUCAUACGGAGACGUGGACGGCCGUGACCUUGUUUUGAUCAGCUGUACGGUAACUUAGCGAUAAGAAAAUAGACUAUUGGUUAAAUAAAUUUAAAUUUAAGUGUGUUUUAGAAGAAGAGGAACUUUCAGUAUAUUCCUUAAGAUGAGCUGAGCAGCAGUCCAGUUUACAAGAUGACAAGAGUUCGAGAGACAAGAUACAAGAUCACUGAAACAAGAGCCAAGACUGAAGAUUCAAGAGAAGAGAAAGCUGGCAGCCAUGGACUUACAAGUGGAGAUUAAUAAGGUCAUGUAAAGUUUUAUUUUUUUUUUAUGGAAGACAGUAACUGGAGUUUUUUUUUUUGUUAUAAACAUUAUUUACAGAACUUUUUAGGUUAUAGUAAUGUAAUGGAACUAGUGAGUUGUGGUAGCUGUCAAAAAGAACUAAUACCUUAAGUUUAAUUUUUAAAGUUAAUUUUCUUAAUUUACAGAGGGAUUAGUAGUUUUUUUUUAAACCUUAUUUAGGUUGGAAUUUAAAUACAAUAGCUUAUUAUAAAUGUGUACGAACAGUUCAAGUUCACAGUACUGAUAGGUAGGUCAGAUGAUCUUAUUGAUUUUGAUGAUUUGUUGUUUUGAGUUGAUUUUUAAGUGUUGUGAAUUAGACAAUGAAAUAGUUCUGAAAACUUAAAUUAUUUCAAGCUAAGAAAUAGUAAAGUUAAUUGUAACUCAAAGGACACCAGAAUUUAAUUUUUUUUUGAAUUAGUAAUGUUUGAAAAUUUUAUACUUUACAAGAAAGGUUAUAAACAAACAGAUCGGAUGGAACAAGGAUGCAGUAAAUCACAAUUUCAUUUAGAAUUAUUGAUUAGCUUUUGAGGUUAUGAAGUAAAAGUAAUUAUAGUUUAAAAGUUUGAAUAAAAAAAAAUGUUUUUUUUUAUUUGUUUGAAAUAGAAAGUUUAAAAGUUAAUUAGUCAUGAUCUAGGUGGGUGAUGGGGUGGGAAUUGGCCACUCUUUUUCCCUAUAACCUCCCUAACAUGGCCUUCUAUUACAACUAACAGAAAUAAAGAAGAAGAAAAAUGAAGAAUUAUUAGUUAGAAUGUUUCUUUCAUGAAGAUACCUGAUGAACUUUUACUGUUUGGAAGAAUAGAAGCAAGGUUAGUCAGAUAUUUUUACUCAGAAGAAGAAGAAGAUAAAGCAGUUUUAUGACUCGACAAGCCAGAGAUUGGUGUUUCCCCUCUGCGCUUCUAUUGACUACGUUGUUUACUCUCAUGGGAUAGCUGGUUCGGCACCAUGGAGAGAGAUUGGUGGGCAUUGUGGUUGCCCCCAGAAGAAAAGAAGAGUAGAAGAGGUUAUGGGUGGGUCAUGUGAACUGACCUUCAACCCAGUUACUUCGUGGGGACUAUUUGCUGUAUAGAGAAGAUCAAGACUCAAGAGUUAGGGAAAAUCAUUGGAGGUCAUGUUUCCCUUCCUUAAGUUUUUCCUAUCAAAUUAUUUGCCUGAUUAGAUUAUGCUAAGGGUGGGAUACUUUAUGUUAGCAGUUGAAUUAAUUAAUUUUAUUUUUUUGUGUGUUUGCAUCCUUGCCCCUCGAUUGCAGUUUAGUAGUUAGUUUUGUAUUUGUCAGGCGUGAUGGUAAUGCCUGUUGAUGAUGUUUCAGAAUUGUAAUCUGUUCGUGAUGAGGAUGGCACAACUCCGAAGCAGAUGUGGGGAGAAGUUGUGAGCUGCCCUGGAAGCCAGUCCAGUAGCUGUUGGAGUUGAGUGGUGUUUGCUGAUGGCCAGCCCAGGGAGCUACUCUUCUCGACAACACUGACUUCGAGGAGUUGCACCAACCUUCACGAGAUAAGAGUUUAAUUAAUUGAAACACUGUAAGGACACUUAAUUUUUUUUGAAGAACGAAAGAAGUAUGGUAAUAAACGGAAACCGAAAAAAAAAUAAUAAUAAUAAUUAUCAAGAAUUUGCACAUUGUUUAACGAAUACUGAGAAACUAAGAACAGUAAUUUAAUUUGUAAAGAGAGCUUCACUAACAGAACAAUUUUUUUUAGAAUUGAGAACUCGAGCCUCUGAAGGUUCCUGUGAGAACAAACCAGAUAAAAGUUUUACCUUUAAUUUUAUGAAUACUUGUUGUUUUAAAAUAAAUCUUAUGCAGAAUCUAGAUGUAUGUUCAGACAGCAAGGAACUAAGAAAAUUAUUAUUUUUGUGAAAUGAGGAAUUUAUAGUUAUGGUUUAAUGGAAAAAGACAAUUUGUAAUUUUGAGGUAGCUCGAUGGGGCUCGAGCUCUGUGAGGGGAGGGUUAUGUCGCGGGUUGAAAUUUUGCAGGGUUGUUGAAAUCAAAUUUAGGGACUUUACUGACGGGACUCUGGGCUGGCUGCUCUGUUCACUCGUCAGCGCAAGUGGCGUGACCAUGUAAUUGGGGCACGGGGCCGGCGCGGCGCGCUGCGGGCUUGCAGAAUUUUGUUUGUUCGUUUGGCCGCGCGCUGGCGCAGCCACGGGCCGCAGUUACUGGGGCGCGCUGUCGUAACAAGCCGCGCGGUGUGGCCUGCACAUUGGGGUAGAGGGGGGGUAGUCUUCCCAGAUGUUCUAGUUAGUUGUUUAGUAAAUUUGACUUCAAUAACGAGCUUUUGUUAUGGUAGGCGCGGCAGGGCGCGCGAAUUUAAGCGCAAGUGAUUGGUGACUCGGGGCUCACUCAGGCGGAGGCUAUGCGUCUCACCUGUGGUCACGAGUUGUUAGUUCGUUCGUGAUGUAGGAAUUCAGGCUCACUCAGGCGGAGGCUAUGCGUCUCACCUGUGGUCACGAGUUGUUAGUUCGUUCGUGAUGUAGGAAUUCAAGCUUUCGGGCGGAAGCUAUGGCCGACGCCAGAGGCCACGAGUCGUUUAAUUUAAGUUAGGUCAUAAUGUAGUCGUCAAGCUUUCGGGCGGAGGCUAUGGCCCUCGUCAGGGGUCACGCGUCAUAGUUUUUAAAAUGUAAUGUUCGUUCGGGAUUUCAAGGGCAGGAGAGGCCCCUACGUUAUUUUUUUAAAGUAAUCGAUCAAGAAAGGCUUUUCGGAAAAUGUGAGUAUGGACUUAUCUUUGUUUUAAUUUUAAGUAUUAAUUAUGAUUUGAGGUAUUCGGAAGGACUAGGGAAGUGUUUAGUGAAGUUCUCUCAUUCUCUCUCUUGUAAGGUCGUUCAAUCGUUAAGGAAGUAAAGAGAUUAUUGUUUUAAAUUGUAAUCCCGCUAUUUAAAUGUUCUUUAAAAUGAUGUUGAGUAUUUGACUUUAAGAAUAAAAUAAUUUUAAUUAAGUAUUAUGUUAUUUUGCAAAAUCUCCUUAGUUCAGCUCUCACCAGACAUCCUGUACGGGAUGACGAACCUAUGAUCCUAGGUACAGUAAAGUAUUUUAUGAAGUUAAGACUAGUUGAUGCCAAGCGAGUUGUUUCUAUGUAAAGAGCUACGAUUCUCUCCCCCCUCUGAAGGUGCACGUGACAGAAAUGGCGGUGGCACCGGCUAGGUGCACGUGACAAUAUACUAGUUGGAGUGGAAAAGAAAUCCCUGCAAAAAACAGGGUGAAAAUUGCAAGUAAGUUAACUAUAUGCAUUUUGAAUCCAUAAGCACGCCAUGUUUUACACUUAUUUAUAAACAUUCCUGAAAAAAUAUGUAAUGUUUGGUUAAAUGAAAUUCUGUUCAAUUCAGUUGCAUAAAAAACGUUUAGAUAUUCAUAGAUGUUUUGCAUAUUUUGUUUAAUUUUUUAUCAAGUUUUAUCGAUAUAAAAUUUGUGUACGUUUGUAGAGUUUUAUUACAUUUUUUGUGAGACAACAUAAUGCACAUAAGUACUUAUAACAAUACUUUAAUGCACAAUGAAUUUACCUGACAAGUUGUUAGUGCACAAGGAAUAAUUGCAGAAAAAUUAUGCUGUCAUUAUUCUCUGUGUUGCAGAUGCAGACGAAAAUGUUUCUCGGUUGUAUCUCCACCACAACAAGAAGAAGUCUUUAACAAAUUUACAAGUUUAGAUACCAAAAAUGAACAGGAUUGUUACCUCCAGAGUCUUAUUUACACGAAAAAGGUGAUGCGACGUAGACAUCGCAUUUCAAAGGAAGCUUCUUCAAAACCAUUAAGAGGAUGUACAUAUGUAUAUGAGAUAUCGAGUUCAGGAAAACAUCAAGUAUGUAAAACAGCUUUUUGUAACAUACAUGCUAUCUCGGAGGAACGUGUUCGUAGAUUCUGUAAGUUGCUCUCUGAAGGUAAAAGUCCACAUGAUAUGCGUGGGAAAUCAAUCCCAGGUAAUACCAAAUCAGGGUUGGUAAUAUAUGCUAUUAAGCAGCAUAUAUCCUCUUUUCCAGUUAAAAUAUCACACUACAGUAGCAAAGAAUACCACUACUUAAGCGAGAAGCUAGACGUCAAGAUCAUGUACUCGCUCUUCCAAGAGAAGUACCCUGAAAUGUCAGCUGCAAACUAUCGCUUCUAUCUGAAAGUUUUCAGAGAGCAUUUUUCUCUGUCGUUUGGACUACCCCAGGUAGAUACAUGUGCGACUUGUGAGGAGUUGGAUAUAAAACUUAAAAGCCCCUUUUUAAACCAAAAAGCAAAGAAAGUAGCUGAAGCAGAAAAAUGUGUGCAUUUGCGUCGGGCUAAGAAAUUUUCAGCGAAAAUAAAGGAAAUCAGCGAGAUAAUCAAAGCUGAUAAAGCGGGUGAUUUGGGAGCCAUUUGCAUAGAUUUCAUGCAGAAUUUACAGUUGCCUUGCAUUCCAGUCCAGGAGGUGUUUUACCUUAGACAGUUAACCAUCAGUGUUUUCUGCAUACAUAAUCUCAAAGAUGGCAAUGCAACUUUCUUUGUGUACCAUGAGGGAAUUGCAACAAAGGGGCCUAAUGAGGUAUGUUCAUUUGUUUUGGAGUUCUUGAAUACGUCAUUGAAGGGAGUCAAAGAGUUGUACAUAUUUUCUGAUAGGCGCAGCGCACAAAAUAAGAACCAUACAUUCAUCAGAAUGUUGUCUGCUUUGACUUCUCUUAAACGUUUUAGACAUAUCGAACAUUACUUCCCAAUAAGAGGACACUCUUUCCUGCCCUGCGAUAGGGAUUUCUCAGUACUCAAGAGAAAAAUCAAGAAGUACGACAGAGUGUACACCAUCAAGGAGUAUGUUGAGAUAAUUGUAACUUCAUCCUGCAAGAGAUCCUUCACGGUUGUAAUAGCAGAUUCCAUCAGCAUUCUCGACUUCAAGCAAUGGUGGCCCAAGUAUUUUAAGAGGAAUGUGCUGUCACAAGAGUCCUAUGGAAAAUCUGUGCUUAGAGACCAGAAAACAAGCUUCAAACCAAGUCAGUUCAUGAACUUCAGUUAUGCAAGUGACAAUGCUGGACUUGUUGUGGCACGACCAUUUAUUGAUUCCCUUGUCAAGCACCAUUUUAGGGUUCUCAAUUGCACACUUGCGGACCUUGUUCUUCCAAAAAACAUGGUGUAUCCUGCAGGUUGCAUCCCUAUCAACCAGAACAAAAUAGAUGACCUCCGCAAGUUGCAAAACUACUUGCCACACACAGAAGAUUGCCAGUCAUUCUAUAAUGAAUUAUUCUUGUGGCCUACAUGUGUAACUGAAGUAACGCAAAACCAGCCUGAUGAUUAAUCACAUCAAUGUAGACUUUACCGCACAUCAUCAGCAAAUAGUUCAUUUUGAAGAGGGACGUGUGCAUACUUAUUUGUAUUAAAAAGUGAUCUCUCAAUGUUAAAGUUGGUGUAGGCCGCAUAUAAAAAGGUAGAUCUAAAAACCUACAUCGUAUAGACUUUCUCAUAUCAGCAAGAUUAGUUCAUUAGGGACUGAAUGCAUUUAUAUUCAUAUAAUUAUAGGUAUUUUUUAUGUUCUAAGCAAAUUUAUAGUAUUACUUUGUGUACGCAAAUAAAUAUUAUGUUUUGUGGAAUAUUAUGACUA